CCAGACAUGGCCCUCUCGGUGGACUCAUCUUGGCACCGGUGGCAGUGGCGGGUCAGGGAUGGCCUCGCCCCAUCUCCAUCGGAAGCUACACCACUGUUGUCCCCAGAGAAGGGGGCACAGAACUACAACCUGGCACAGCAGCGGGUCGUGUUCCCCAACAACAACGUAUUCCACCAGGAUUGGGCAAAAGUCUCCAGGAGGUACUCCGGCAACAGAAUCUGCACCACCAAGUAUACCCUCUUCACCUUCCUGCCCCAGAAUCUCUGGGAGCAGUUUCACAGAUGGGCUAACGUCUAUUUCCUAUUCCUGGUUAUUCUGAACUGGAUGCCCUCCAUGGAAGUCUUCCACAAAGAGAUCACCAUGUUGCCACUGGCCAUUGUCCUGUUUGUCGUCAUGGUCAAGGAUGGCAUGGAGGACUUGAAGAGACAUCGCUUUGAUAGAGAGAUAAACUGCUCUAGCAGCCAGAUAUAUGAAAGGAAUGAGCAGAGCUUUGUGCAGAAAUGCUGGAAGGACGUGCGUGUGGGGGACUUCAUCCAAGUGCAGUGCAACGAGAUCAUCCCAGCUGACAUUCUCCUCCUCUUCUCCUCGGACCCCAGUGGGAUCUGCCAUCUGGAAACAGCCAACCUGGAUGGAGAGACAAACCUCAAACAGAGGCGUGUCGUGAAGGGCUUCUCACAGCAGGAGUUGCACUUCCAGCCGGAACAAUUCCACAACACCAUCGUGUGUGAGAAGCCCAACAAUCACCUCAACAGAUUUAAGGGCUAUAUGGAACAUCCUGAUCAGACCAGGACCGGCUUUGGUAACGAGAGUCUUCUGCUUCGAGGCUGCACCAUCAGAAACACCGAAGUGGCUAUUGGCAUCGUCAUCUAUGCAGGCCACGAGACCAAAGCCAUGCUGAACAACAGCGGCCCGCGGUACAAACGCAGCAAGAUCGAGCGGCGCAUGAACACAGACGUCUUCUUCUGCAUCGGGAUCCUCUUCCUCAUGUGCCUCGUUGGGGCUGUAGGUCACAGCCUCUGGAAUGGGACCUUUGCAGAACACCCUCCCUUCGAUGUGCCAGAUGCCAAUGGCAACUUCCUUCCCCUUGCCCUCGGGGGUUUCUACAUGUUCCUCACCAUGAUCAUCCUGCUCCAGGUGCUGAUCCCCAUCUCCCUGUAUGUGUCCAUUGAGCUGGUGAAGCUCGGGCAAGUCUUCUUCCUGCACAACGACCUUGACCUGUAUGAUGAGGAGACUGAUAUGUCCAUUCAGUGUCGAGCCCUCAACAUCACUGAAGACUUGGGCCAGAUCCAGCACAUCUUCUCCGACAAGACGGGGACGCUGACCGAGAACAAGAUGGUGUUCCGGCGUUGUACCAUCAUGGGCCGCGAGUAUUCUCACCAAGAAAAUGCCAAGCGACUAGAGACCCCGAAGGAGCUGGACUCUGAUAGUGAAGAGUGGACCCAAUAUCGGUGCCUGUCCUUCCCAGCCCGAUGGGACCAAGGCCCAGGAACAAUGAGGGGCCAAGGAGGGGCCCAGCCUCUGAGGAGGAGCCAGAGUGCCCGGGUACCCAUCCAGGGCCACUCGCGGCAGAGGUCUGUGGGGCGCUGUGAAAGCUCACAGCCCCCAGUGGCCUUCAGCAGCUCCAUAGAAAAAGAUGUGACUCCAGAUAAGCAUCUCCUGACCAAGGUGCAAGAUGCAGCUCUUUGGCUGGAGGACUUGUCAGACACCAGACCCUCCAAGCCUUCCCUCUCCACCACCUCCUCCAUUGCUGACUUCUUCCUUGCCUUAACCAUCUGCAAUUCCGUCAUGGUCUCCACAACCACCGAGCCCCGGCAGAGGGUCACUAUGCCACCCUCAACUAAGGCUCUGGGGACAUCCCUGGAGAAGAUCCAGCAGCUGUUCCACAGGCUGAAGCUUUCAAGUCUCAGCCAGUCAUUCUCAUCCACUGCACCCUCCGACACAGACCUGGGGGAGAGUUUUGGGGCCAACAUCCCCACCAUGGACUCAGAAGAGAGAGACGAUGAGUCUGAAGGUAGCGGCGGCUAUUCCACCGACGGUGGCUACAGGAGCAGCACAUGGGAGAAGGGCGACAUCCUAGAGGUGGGGCCGGGGGCCUCCCUGGAGGAGGUGCUGCAGGCCCCAGCCCUCGGCCUGGCCAGCCCAGAACUCUGUUAUGAGGCCGAGAGCCCGGAUGAGGCUGCCCUGGUGCAUGCUGCCCAUGCUUACAGCUUCACGCUGGUGUCCCGCACGCCUGAGCAGGUGACCGUGCGCUUGCCCCAAGGCACCUGCCUCACCUUUGAUGUCCUCUGCACACUGGACUUUGACUCUGUCAGGAAGAGGAUGUCCGUGGUGGUGAGGCAUCCGCUGACUGGUGAGAUCAUCGUUUAUACCAAGGGCGCUGACUGCGUCAUCAUGGACCUGCUGGAAGACCCCGCCCAUGUGACUGACACUGAUGUGGAAAAGAAGGUGAGGAAAAUCCGAGCCCGGACCCAGAAGCAUCUAGACAUGUAUGCAAGAGAUGGCCUUCGAACACUGUGCAUUGCCAAGAAGGUCCUAAGUGAAGAGGACUUUCAGCGAUGGGCCAGCUUCCGGCAUGAGGCUGAGGCAUCCCUCAACAACAGAGAUGAGCUUCUCAUGCAGACGGCACAGCAUCUGGAAAAUCAACUCACCUUACUUGGAGCCACUGGGAUCGAAGACCGGCUGCAAGAAGGUGUUCCAGACACCAUUGCAACUCUGCGGGAGGCUGGCAUCCAGCUCUGGGUCUUGACUGGAGAUAAACAGGAGACAGCGGUCAAUAUCGCGUAUGCCUGCAAACUGUUAGACCAGACCGACACUGUUUACUCCAUUAACACGGAAAGUCAGGAAACCUGUGAAUCCAUCCUCAACUUUGCAUUGGAAGAGGUGAAGCAAUUUCAUGGACCACAGAAGCCAGCCCGCAAGCUCUUUGGGUUCCGCCUACCUCCUGGGACACCGCCCCCCACCUCAGGAGCUGCAGUUCCAGAGGCCGGAUUGGUCAUUGAUGGGAAGACAUUGAAUGCCAUUUUCCAGGGAAAACUGGAGGAGAAAUUUCUGGAGUUGACUCAGUAUUGCCGGUCUGUCCUAUGCUGCCGCUCCACCCCACUCCAGAAGAGUAUGCUCGUCAAGCUGGUGCGAGACAGGCUUGGAGUCAUGACCCUUUCCAUAGGUGAUGGAGCAAAUGAUGUAAGCAUGAUUCAAGCAGCUGAUAUUGGGAUUGGAAUAUCUGGACAGGAAGGCAUGCAGGCCGUCAUGUCCAGCGACUUUGCUAUCUCCCGCUUCAGGCACCUCACAAAGCUGCUGCUGGUGCACGGCCACUGGUGCUACUGGCGCCUGGCCAGGAUGGUGGUGUACUACUUCUACAAGAACGUGUGCUAUGUCAACCUGCUCUUCUGGUACCAGUUCUUCUGUGGCUUCUCCGGCUCCACCAUGAUUGACUACUGGCAGAUGAUCUUCUUCAAUCUCUUCUUCACCUCCUUGCCUCCUCUUGUCUUCGGAAUCCUCGAUAAGGACAUCUCAAUGGAGACCCUGCUGGCAUUGCCUGAGCUGUAUAAGAGUGGCCAGAACUCCGAGUGUUAUAACCUGUUGACUUUCUGGAUUUCCAUGGUGGAUGCGUUCUACCAGAGCCUUGUCUGUUUCUUUAUCCCCUACCUGACCUACAAGGACUCUGAUAUCGAUGUCUUCACCUUUGGGACACCCAUCAACACCAUCUCCCUUGCCACAAUCCUCUUGCACCAAGCAAUGGAAAUGAAGACCUGGACCAUCAUCCAUGGCCUUGUUCUCCUAGGCAGCUUCCUGCUCUACUUUGUGGUGUCCCUGGUGUACAAUGCCACCUGCGUCACCUGCAACAGCCCCACCAACCCCUACUGGGUGAUGGAACGCCAGCUCUCAGACCCCACUUUCUACCUCGUCUGCUUCCUCACACCAGUGGUGGCUCUUCUCCCAAGGUACUUUUUCCUGUCCCUACAAGGGACAUAUGGGAAGUCUCCGAUCUUGAAAGCUCAGAAAAUUGAUAUACUCCCCAUGGAUAAAAGGGACCUGGAAAUCCAGAGUUGGAGAAGCAGCCAGAGGCCUGCCGCUGUCCCUGGAGAGGCCCAGCCCACCCACCGUCCAGGGCCGCCUGCCCCAGGACAGGGCUUCAGAGCCAGCACCCCAAAGAGCUCGAACCCUACCAAGCGGAAAUACAUGGAGGACUGGGUGCUGCCUGAAGAGAGACACAGAGGAGACCAUAUAAGGGAUGACACAGGCUCAGGGGACUCCUGGGCUAAAUUCUCAUCUGGGGAGCACCUCCUUCUGGAGCCUAGUAGGGUAAUGGCAUACGGAGCCCACGCAAGUGGUCAGACUAAUUUGACCCGGCCCUUCAGCGGAGGCAGCCACCGCCGAUCACAGAGUUCACUGACCAUAUGAGGGGCCUGCCAAGAUCUGUACACACUCAAAGGAGGCCACCCGACCACUGGCGUCAUUAGCCAUAACCCUUCAUGGAGCAAAGAAUAUGCCAGUCUUAUUCUCUGCCCCCACCAGUCUUGAUGUCCUUGGAGGAAGUGCUGGCCCCAAGGAGUAGGACAAAAAAAGACUGGAAACCAGUUGACCACUAGUUUUCUCUUGCUGCCAGGCAGCACAUCUUGCAAAGAUAGUUUUUUAAUAAGGAGGCUAUGUUUCUACUGCAUUGAUUUUUUUUUAAUUUUUUCACUCAGAGAACUUCUUUGGCCUUCUAAUUCAUUACAGCCUACAACUCAAUGCAGUUAGAUCAUCAGUUUCCAAGAUUCUAAGAAGCACAUCAACCCAGCCCAUAUCUCAAGAUCUGGAAGGUUCUGGGUUUGUCAAACCAUCACUUCACCCUUUGAUGCCAAGACUUAAAGUUUCAGAAGAAUCCUAUAUACAACAGUGCUUGAUCUUGAGGGUACUGCAGUGAUGCUCAUGGUGGGGUUCAUAUCCCUUCCAUUCUCAGGGUUGAGUCUUCUCUAAGCCAAAGAAAAUCACAUCUAAAGAUUAAAACUUGAUUUGACCUCAGUGCCACAGACACUUCUGAGGGUCAUAGGGCCACAGCUAGCAUAAGAGGCAGAAAGAACAUAGACAUGUGAAAGUAAACAGAUGUACCUAAAACCCCAUGCUCCAGCUAGAAGGACACGUGCCCCCCACAGUCUGGGGAAUCUACCAAGAGGACAUGGGCAGCACUGUAUUUUAAAGAUAUUUAUUUUAUUUAUUUUUAAAUAAAAUUAAAAUAUUCCCCCCAUUUUCAAAAGGUUACCCAACACCAUUUCACUUUUUUCAAACGCCUAUCCUUGGUACCUCUUUUUGCUAACUGAAAGAAAUCCAAAGAGAAUUUUUGCUUUUACAAAAAAAAAAAGUGAAGAGGGAAGAUAGCAUUCAGCAUUUUUUUUUUGCAGCCAUCACAAAGGCAGCCUACACCCCGAGCACUGAGAGAUACCACCAAGCUCCUUUCCCAGAACUACACUCAUUGUCCCAGAAUCAAACUACCAUAGGUCUGAACUGUUUCUGAUCAUCUGUGCUUUAUCUCAAUUUAUCCUAUACAUCCAUCAGCAAGAUUUGUCCUGAGGUAAUUGCCUCUUUGCUUUAUGCUAUUUCUGCUCGUGAAAACUAUCACAGUAAUGCUCUACUUUCACAUAGUGGGGGGAAACCUGUACCCAUCCUUAUUCAGCUCUCAUAAAAGGCAAACUCUAAGAUCAGAUCUUUUCACAGCUGCAACCAUAAUAGAAGACCCACAUUAUAGGGCAACUCUGAGCCCAAACAGUGACAUCUGAGAGGGUAGAACCCAUGUCAAACCCCAUUCAUUAAGCAUAUCCCAGAAUAUUACAUGCUUCUGUUGAAUUAGGGAGAGUCAGAAGUCUCACUUCACAGGGAAAAGAAGGAUUACACAGACUUCUUACCCCUAGAAGUCGUAAAUGCCAAAAAUGCAGAAGAGCUCAAAACAGUGUUCCAAGAAGCACAUCAACCCAGAAUUCUAUCAUCCAUCCUUUCAUUCCAGUACUUGUCAAGAAAAGUCUUAAAGCCUACCAUGGACAAGGAUAUCCCAUCCCUAGUCUUUUAAAAUAAGUUAGGGAUGACUGCUGAACCCUUGCUCCUUAAGGUGAUGCCUAUAUACCAGGCAAAAGGUACAGGGGUGGGAACAAGUGUGGCACAUCACAGCCACCACAAGAAUUGAUUUAUCACUUGAGUAACUUCUCAGCAAAGUUGCCCCAAAAGAGCUCAGCAAUCAAGUUGGCACAUGUCAGACUAAGCUGCUCCUCUGACCAUCUUGCUGGCAAACCUGAACAGAAAGGGUCAUUCAGGAUAUCGUCCUAGAGUCAAUAUACUGGGUCUCUUUCAGUGACUCUGCCACAUUCUGAUACCAGCACUGGACACCUGGUGAGUAUUCAGAGGAAUCCUACAUGAAGAUUGCAAAAGGAGCAGCAGCUAAACACAUGAGGCAAAACAGUAAUGAUAUAAAUUGUCUCAAAUGAGAGGAUUGAGCCAAAGCUAAGAUCUCAGGGUCCUUCCUUUCCCCAUAUGAUUCCUGCCCACUCCUGAAAGCCGGAUGAGACAGGUAGGAUGUUUCAAAAAAAAAGAACAGAUUAGGGAGGAGAAUACUGGCCUCAGGGGACCGAGCUGUGUUGUUUUUUUUUUCUCUGCCUCCCAUUCUCUGGGAGCCAGGAGUGUUGAUGCAGGAUGCCACACCUGCAAAGUAGGUUAGAACAACCCUACCUCUCAGGCUUUGCAUAGAGAUCAAGUCAAAACUACAUGGGGUUGUUAAAACCCUCUGAAAGCUGUAAAACCCUCAGUCAUAACAUGGAGAUUUUUAUUUCAGAGCUAAGAGGAAGCUGAGAAAAUAUCUGACUCCUGUACCUAAAUGCCUAACCACACCCAACAUUCUGAUGCUGCUCUUUCUUAUAUGACCAGCCAUUCCAGUUUUCCUGGGCUUUUCCCAGUUUCAGCAUGGAAAGCCCCACAUUCUGGGAAAUUCCUGAGCUAAUUGGUCAUCUAUUCUUGCCCUUCUUUGUAAACCAAACCAACUGUGACCGUCCAAGUGCCAUCUUAAGGGAAGAGGCUGUAACAACUGUUUCUCUGUAACAAUGCUAAUAAUUAUACUUGAUGCAUUUUUAUACCUCCAUGGCCUUUUACAGAUUGAAAAUGUUCUAUCCUUUAUUAGAAGGAAAAAAUAAAAAUGGUCUUCA